AUGGCUGCUGAUUGUGAGAAGGGGAAGAGGAUAACAAUUUUGAGUAUUGAUGGAGGUGGCAUUAGAGGUAUCAUUCCAGGAACUAUUCUAGCUUUUCUCGAGUCUAAGCUUCAGGAAUUGGAUGGGCCAGAUGUGAGAAUAGCAGAUUACUUUGAUGUAAUUGCUGGUACAAGCACUGGUGGUUUGAUUACCUCCAUGCUUACAGCUCCUGACAAGAAUAAUCGACCUUUGUAUGCUGCAAAAGAUCUUAGUCGCUUCUACAUAGAACAUGCACCAAAAAUCUUCCCUCAGAGAAAUCAUUUCUUAAGUUCAACGAUGAAUUUAUUUGGAAAAGUUAUGGGCCCAAAAUAUGACGGCAAAUACUUGAGGUCAUUGAUAAAAGGAUUGCUUGGAGAUAUAACACUCAAGGAAACUCUAACACAAGUCAUUAUUCCUGCAUUCGACAUUAAGCGUCUUCAACCUGUGAUUUUCACCACAGCCGAUGCUAAAUGGGAUGAGCUAAAGAAUCCAAAAUUAGCAGAUGUUUGCAUUAGUACCUCUGCAGCACCAACUCUGUUACCUAGUCACGAAUUUCAAACUAAGGACUCAAAAGGAAAUAUUCGUAAAUUCGACAUGGUUGAUGGUGGAGUUGCAGCAAAUAAUCCAACAUUAGCUGCAAUGACUCAUGUGAGAAAAGAAAUGAGCAUUUGGAAAGAAAGAAGUGAACUUAUGGCAAUAAAACCCAUGGAAACAUCAAAGAGGAUGCUGAUCCUUUCUUUAGGGACUGGUGCACCUAAAAAUGAUGAGAAAUAUAGUGCAGCUGUUUCUUCUAAAUGGGGUAUGAUUGGUUGGAUAUACCAUAGUGGAGGAACACCUAUUGUUGAUAUUUUCACAGAUGCAAGUGCUGAUAUGGUGGAUUACCAUAUUUCUAGUAUCUUCCAAUCUGAACAUCAUCAAAGAAAUUAUCUUCGUAUUCAGGAUGACACAUUGAGUGGUGAUGUAUCGUCGGUGGAUACUGCAACCGAACAAAAUUUAUUAAAGCUAAUUGAGGUGGGAGAGAAUUUGCUGAAGAAACCAUUGUCAAGGGUAAAUUUGGAAUCUGGAAAGUUUGAGCCACUUGAUGGCCAAGGAACCAAUGAAAAAGCCCUUACUGAAUUUGCUCAAAUGUUGUCAGAAGAGAGAAAAUUACGAUUGAGCCCUUGAGCCCUUGAGCCCAAUUCCAUUUCAUGAUUUU